AUGAGAGGAGAAGUGGAAAUACCGCUGAACAAGACGCAGAAGCUAAGACUGGAAAGAGCCCUCGAGAAGUUGGAAUCGAUUUCCUCUAAGGCCAAUCUUUCCGAUGCCUCCGUCACCGUCGCCGACGAAAUUUCCGUCAAUUACGAAGACGGCGUUCUCCAGGGGCAUGGGACGUCGGAGAUGAACGGACGCCUGGUGGCAACCGUCUGUGGAGUGGUUGAGCGGGUUAAUCGACUUGUCUAUGUCCGGGCUUUGAGGUCAAGGUACAAGCCUGAGACUGGUGAUAUCAUUGUUGGCCGUGUGAUUGAGGUGGCUCCUAAGCGUUGGAAAGUGGAGAUUAAUUUCAGCCAAGAUGCAGUUCUGAUGCUUUCUUCUAUGAACUUGCCUGAUGGCAUCCAGAGGCGGCGCACUGCAGUUGAUGAGCUUAACAUGCGGAGCAUAUUUGAAGAAAAUGACGUUGUUUGUGCUGAAGUUCGUGGUUUCCAGCACGAUGGAAGUCUACACCUGCAGGCUAGGAGUCAGAAGUAUGGCAAGCUGGAUAAAGGUCAGUUGCUGAAAAUCCCGCCUUAUUUGGUGAAGAAACGUAAACAACAUUUCCACCAUCUAAAUGACUAUGGAGUUGACUUGAUACUUGGCUGUAACGGGUUCAUUUGGAUUGGUGAACAUGUUGCUGCUGUAGAUGACAUGGUAGUAGAUCAAAUAAUCAAAUCUGAGCAACCAGAUUCCAAAGCAGGAGAUUCAGUAAACUCUGAUGAACAAGAACAGAGUUACACUUCACUUGAUAUUAGGCAAAAUAUCUGUAGAAUGGCAAAUGCAGUCAGAGUGUUAUCAUCUUUGGGUUUCAUGGUUACAAUGGAAGCAAUAGUAGAGAUAGUAAAAUUGAGCAACUCCAAGAAGUUCGAUAUACAUGAUAUGCUUGGGGCAGAAUUCUACGUUGUUGUUGCUGAGGAAGAAGCUACACGUCGAAGCUCUUCAAGUAAGAAGCGAUAG